CUGUUUACUUUUCAGGCCGUUCUCAACUUCUUAGCCUGUCCAGCUCAGCACAAUUAUCCUGCCACAUCUGUACCGAGUUCUUACGAUGAUGGCCUUGAGAGCACUCUCCCCACUGAGACUGAUCGCCUUGAGUGUCUGCCAGUCUCUGUAGCAUCCAGCCUGUCAGACCUGCAGGCCAUCACAUCUUCGGCUUUUAUAAGUCAGAACAGCAUAGUUACUACCACUUGCUCCUCACUUCCUAUCAUUUCCACUACUACUUAUGCUUGCUCACCUACCCCUGCUCCCACAGUAGUGACUAAUCAACUCGGGGCUUGCUUCUCGCCGUCUAACUCUCGUUUAAGGCACAUUGAUCUUGUUGGUCAGGGUGAUACUAUUGCAGCGAGCCGGGAGCCCUUAUAUGUCUCCUACGUCCGCUAUAUGGCUAAAUUUAUGCCUGCAGAUUGGUUGGUGCGGGCUGGUUUGGCUUAA